UCCUCCUCCUCUUUAUAUAACGCCACGCUGACGGGAGGACAUUUCCCCGCUCGGAUUCUCUCACAGAAGAGGGCAUUUCCUUUCCUCGAGCGUCUGGAUUACUGCGUACUACGAUGGGUUUGACGAUCAUUGUAUUUCUGGCUUUGUUAAUGGGGGUAACCGGGAGCCCUAAUGUGACGAUCAGACCUGAAGCUUCCACAGCGGACGAGGGGUUGUCUCAUUCCACCAGUUUCCCUGAGACUUCAGAGGAAAUGGAGAUUGUUGGACAGCAAAACGUGUCGGCGACGGAGGAGGCUUUUGAGGAUGUGAUGGCGACUGGCGAGCUGAACCCCAAUCACUACCCUGCUCAGCGGGCAGCCAAGGCGGUCCAACACUACCUGAACACCCUGUACGGCUCGCCAUACAGGGUGAUCUUCCUGAACAGGGUCCACAGCGGAUACGCAGAGGAUGUGGCAGACUCUGGAAGAAAGUAUAAGCUGGAGAUCACAGUGCAGGACCACAUCAGCAAUAAAACAGAGAAAUGCAAGGCAGAGGUUUUGUUUCCGGGGGGAGAGCAGCAGCGCCCCCCGCAGGUCCAGGCCUCAUUGGAGGAGCUCCCUACAACCGACACUAAAGCAGAAGAGGAGGCCUUGUUCCAAAAAUACAAGACGAACCAAGGUCUGCUGUCAGAACAUUUACCAGACAGCCACGGUCACGUCGACCCGGACAUGGAGCCGUUCAUGCACCUCGGCAGCGCGGCCUCCAGCUUCAUCAUGCUGAAUGAAUCCACUGAAAACACACUGUACAACGUGGCUCAGGUGGCCAACGUCACACAGCUGAAAACUGAGAACGACCAGCUGAAGUUUGACUAUUACGUACUGCUGCAUGAUAUGAUCUCCCAGGAGAUCAUUCACUGGAAGCUGCUGUUCACCUGGUCUCCUCAAGAGGGAGUUAAAGUGCUGCAGAUGGAGAAGCUUCCUCACAGUCAUCACAAUGAAACCCCCCAGAACAACAACAACUAACCUGCCGACAGUCGUCACACUCCCACCAGGGAAAACUCAGUUUAUUUCAGGGGUCACAAAUGAUGACAUGAUAUCCUUCCAUUGUUCUGUACUUUUGGUUGUUUCUAUUUUGUCUAAAAUAAACUGUUUAUAAAUGA